AUUCUAGCAAGGGAAGGGUCGUCACUAGAAAGCCACAAAGUCAUAAACCCUGAAUAUUUAUUCAAUGUAUCUUAUUAAAAUUCGAUUAUAAACCUAACUUUAACCUAAACCAUAUACUUAUACUUAAAUUUAAAUUACGAUCAAAAAGCACAUUCUUUUUUUUCAUAAAUGUUUACAAUAGGCCUGUAGCCAAUUCAGACUUUGUGGCUGUGGCAACUAGUGGAAACCCGCAGGGAGGUCUAGGAGGCGGGGACAUUUUCAGGUUGGGUACCGAUUAUCAAUUUUGGAUCUGGGACUCGUUGCGUAGGAUCUAGCCGUUAGGCAACAGGCAGUCUUCACAUCCCGUUAGCUAGUUUAUACAUUCAAUGAGAUAGAUGUAAUAGAAACGCAGCGAUAGACACGCAUAGAUGACAUGACAUAAGGGAAACGUUGAAAGAUAGAGCUAGAAAUUAGGUGCUCUAGCCAACAAUACGGCGAGACGGAGCGCUAUACAAGUGAAGUGAACCAACAGUGGCAAAGAGUCCAACUUGAUAUUGGAGGACGCAGUAUGCCUCUGGAACAGGCUUGUCUAAGUGGGCGAGAGCCACGUGCAUACAGUAAGAAUGCAGAGGACAGGAGCAACACUGCCACCCUGCUGGCCUCAAGGAGUACUGCAGACACAGAGUCCAACAGAAGAGGCUCUCGCUGUGGAUCUGAAAAAGAUUCUGGAUAUUCGGACAACAACAGCUGCACAGACUGGCUCCAUGCGGAUAGAGAGGACCAGGGCAGCAGCAUGAGUGAGCCCAGGGGAAGGGAGGGUCUACAGAGCCAAGUCAAGCCCGAGCAGGCCCCUCUCCAGGAGAAUCACACCCUGGUCCCCAGCCCCGACCUCACCCCCAUAUUCAUCAUCAGGAACGUGGUGCUCAAACAGAAUGGCUCAGACCAUCACCUCCAGAACCAGCUAAACUGGGAGAACAGAGGAGGAAGCUCCAAUGACUCUGGCCCCUGUCAUGUGAUCCUGGUCCAGCAGCCCAGUGAAGCCUCGGCCGCAUCCCCAAAGCCCAACAGAACACAGUCCUGGAGAUCUGACAGCACAGCUAUGAAAACAAAAAGCAGAACCUACCUGCCCAUUCUUAAGUCCUACCCUCGUAUCGCUCCCCAUCCCAGUAAGAAGCCAUCAGACAUAACCCCAGUGGACCCCCAUGGUAAGGGGACUGGCAGGGAGGACCAGAGCCAGGACAAGAGGAUGUGUACAGAGGACAAGAGGGAUGAGGUGUCCACUACUACUCACUUACUGACACCAUCCAGAAAACAUGUCCGCAAGCAGCCAGACCCCAAGAGAAGCCUGUCCCACUGGAGGAGCCCUGCCUCCUCCCGCUCCCCCAGCCCCUGCUCUCCUUCCACACUUUCCAGCUUUGUCUCCCGCUCUAUGUCCAGCUCCGACAUCACCACUGCCUCCUCAUACUCCUCUUCCGGUGGCUCCUCUCCCCUCUUGGCCAGGAGGUGGCCUAGCAGGCACGGUCCAGGCCUGUCCCUGUUCAGUGCGGCGCGCGACAGGCGCUUCCUGAACACGGUGGGCAUCCUAAGCCAGUCAGGCCUGCUUGACAUCACGCUGCGCACCCAGGACCUCCUCCGCCAGAGCAAUGCCACAGACCGAGACAUCGCCCAGCUCCGCCAGCACACACAGCUGCUGUACCAGGCCGCCAACCACCAAAACAACAACCCCUAUAACAAUGACCCUGAUAAUAACGACCCCAAUGCCAACACAGCCAACGCUGGCUGGGAGAGGAUACACCAGGCUAUGGCUCAGUCAGGCUGCUAUCCCAGCCUCAAGAACCUGGGGAGGGAAGAGGAUCACAACACUUCUAGUCCAGAGCCAGGAGUGGGAGGGGACACCAGUUUCAAGAGAGACUCAGUUGACCCUAAUAUUGCCACUCAUACCCACAAUGGGGUGGAGGCCCCGGUCCCACCCUCGUCCCUCCUGGCCCCCAUGUCAGAUAUGCUCCCACAGUACUGCCCUGUUUCCCUGUCACAGCAUUCUCCAGUCAGCGUCACCACGUCCCGCUCUCACUCUGGGCAGGCCAGUGCCAAACCCCCUGAGACAGUCACCAUCAUGCCCCCUGACAGUUCCACCCAUGGUGGUCUUCUCUAGCACCUGCCCAAGGAAAGGCAGGGCAUCCGGCCAGUUUGUAACCCUCUAACAGUCACUUCACUUCAGCUCCAACGAAAUUCCUAGAGUGGCUGAGGGGAAGAGGUUGAAGGUUUAAUGACGCGUGAGACAAUGUCGACAGAAUGGCACUAUGCCACACUGUGUAUUUCUGCACAGCGUCUGAGUACUACUCAUUGCCUGCCAUAAGAACUCAGCUUCAGCUUACCUUUUAGUGAGCUGAA